AUGCCGGCCUUCCGAACUGGCAGAGCCUCCAAAGCCUGUGAUUCAUGUCGCAAGAACAAGACUCGGUGCUAUGCCUCGAGCAAGUCGAGCGGCACCUGUCUGCGAUGUGAAACGUUGUCGCUAGACUGCUCACUGAAGGAAGACUUCACAAGGAAUGCACAGCUUGCUGACUCCGAGCAAGCUGCGACAAUUGCGACCCAAGGAGCAUCCUCUCAUGCUACAGUGGUGGAUACUAGGCUCGAGAGACUGGAGGGACUGGUGGAAAAGCUUGUUAACCGUCUGGAGUCCACCAUCAAUAAUAUCUCACCCCUACCACAAGAGCAUCACCGUCGCACUCCUCCUCUAAGUGAGAAUGACUCGGGAAUAACGUCAAUACCCCGCCAGCGAGAGAGUCACCCGGCCCCGGUAUUUCUCAUCCGUGAUGCGUGUACGGACGCUGGAGUUGGGUCUCCCGAGUAUCCGGAACACGGCGCAACGCUGGAUGUGAUAUCGGCAGGGCUCGUUCCGCUACCCACCGCACAUACUUUGCUCAGAAUAUUCCACGUUCACUACGGCCGAUGGGUCAAGUUCUCAGAGGACGUAUCCAGCGAGGCUCUCUUGAUCCAAGUUCGACAAUCACCACUUCUGCUCUGCAGCAUCUUCCUGAUUGCCGUGCGCCACACCACUGACCAACUGGCGGACAAGUUGGCUCCAAGGUUGUUCGAAGAGGCCAAGCGACUACUUAGCGCCGCACUGCUCAAUGUUCCCCAGGGCAUUGAGUUUUACCGUGCCAUAGUUAUUCUAAGUCUAUGGUCAACAACCAUCGGCCAGGUGCCCCUAAGUGUCGACAGCUGGAUGCUGACGGGGUAUGCUCUGCAGCAAGCUAUGGCGAGCCCUUUCUUUAUGGACGCUUUUCAUUGCAGUGUCGCCGCGCCUGUUACCAAAGCACAUUGUGACGCGUGGUGUCUUUGGACACAUCUGACUCUAGCGCAUCUUCACUCAUGUGUUGGUAUGAGGAGACGCGCAAUAAUCUCACAAGCGGAAGUGGAUCGCUGCUUGCGGUUCAUUGAGGCCGACAAUGUAAAUAAUUACGAAACCAGGAUGGUUGCUGAAGUACAGCUAUAUUGGGUGAUAUACCAACAAUGCUGUGGUCCAAGAGUUGACGUCCUUGAAGUAACCCGUGCUUUACAGCUGUGGCAGCAUCGAUGGAUGGCGUUAUUCGAUCAACCUCGAUCUCAGUUUCUGCAAAUGGGGUUUCAUUUCGCACACCUCUUCGCGUAUUACCAGUGUCUCAAAUUACCGCAAACCGUCAUGGAUAUAAAUACUUUGUCCGAAAUGAUACGAUUGUCAGAGACGACUAUUAAGCUUGCGAUUGACACAGCCGAUGAGCGCACGCGCCACUUGACGGAUCAUAUUUACCAUCUUGUCACCUUUUCAGCUCUCACUCUUUGUCAACUUAUUCAUAAUUAUGAACCGCAACUGACGGCAUCUGGCUAUGACUUAUAUGCACUCGAUUCCAUAAUACAUACACUAAUUAGCUGGUUUGGCUCAAUCGGUCUUCGAUGCCAUGUGGCUCAUAUCCUUGGGGAUAUAAUAUCGGCGCAGUUUCAAAAGUUGCGUCCCGAGUUCCGACCCUCGGAGACGCCUCCAGCCUAUAAUUUAGUCGGCAAUGAGGCAGUUCUGCCGUUAUUUGAUGAGCAGUCACCCCAUCGACCUAGCAUUGCAUUUACAUACCCCAACAUCAUCGGGUUGGAUCUGUUUGCUGUCAAUGAUGAUACUAUGCCAUGGCCCCAAUGUGCAUAG